UGGAUAUCACAUAUGGCCUGGGACGAACGGACGAAAUGUUUGGCCGCUCUUUCACUCGACAGAUGGAUGACGAUUUGGUCAAUGGACAGCGACGAACCCAUUGACGCCACAAAGGUCGAUGGCGAAUGUUGGAGUUUUGCUUGGCGUCCAAACGGGAAACAAAUGGACGGCGAGGGAGUGGACGCUGCCAGGAAAUCGACCGACAAUUUCAUUUUGGCUUGUGGAUUGAACGAGGGGCGGAUUGUCAUUUGGACUCCGCUGAAAAAGGAAAAGACGAGAUUUCUCACCAGUCAACAUUCAGAUCGGGUAGAUUGGCUGUCGUUUUCACCCGACGGGCGGUUUCUCGCAUCAGAGGAUAUGAAUGGGAAAUUGAUCAUCUGGUCAACUGAGAACUGGCAACCCGUUUACAUCGACGUUGAAGUAAAAAUAUGGCCCAGAAGUUCCUCGUGGUUGUUUUCGUCUACGGAUAUCCCUGACUACAAACUGACAUUCCCAAACAAUGGCCAGGUAUAUAUAACAGGUUGUUGUCGUGGAACACGUCGACGGCCAGUAAGAAAUUCCAAGUCAAGAUUGAAGAUCACGAGACGAAAUGAGGAUUACGAAAUGAAAAAAGAAACUCGCGGAAAAUGGUCAAUCGGAUCCAGCAGUUGGGACUUGGUAUUUGUUUCAUUCGUUGUUGUUUUAUUUCUCCAUCGGACGAACGAACAAUAAAAUCCCGUCCAGUGGCACUGCAAACAGAUGCGGAUUCAGCAUCAAAGUAGUCUAUUGGUUAAACCAAAUCUUAAAAAGGUUUCUGAAGGGGAACAUAAUA